UUAUCACUAUACCCCUUUAAAGAAAUGUCAAAAAAAGAAAGAUACAAUUCAUAUUAUUUCCACCUCAAGACCUAUUUAUAUACGGGAUUUCCAGAUAUAUUGUUUCCAGCUAUUCAUUGUAAAGAUUUGGAUGGGGAAAUGGCAACCAUAGCAUUCACACAAAUAUAUCCAUUUCAAACCCCAGACUUAGAAAUCUACUUUGAUCAAUUUUAUGAUUUUUUCGAAAGACAUAUUCCAAAUGACACCAAUCAAUAUAGUGCACCUAAAGUAAUUCAUGCAUUAGAACCCCCCAAUAUUAGAUUUUGUUCUCUACGAAAAGACUGUAUAAAGCAUUUUAACUGGUCUAUUGGGUAUGAAGAAUGGACUGAUGUUCAAUUAAACCAUGGGUACUCCGAUUUGUUCGAACCAAAGCCAUUUAGUUCAGGUGAGGAAUUUAUAGAGAAAAAGAACAGUUUUAUUGAAAAGAGAAAGCAAGAUAUAAAGAACCAUAAAUUCAAUGAUAAUUUAUACUACCACUACUUUAAUAGUUCGCACGAUGACCAAUAUAAUAGUGUAAAAAAAUUUAUAUUCGAGAAAUCACCAGAGUAUGAUGAAGCACCAUUGGCAAGUUGGUUUUGUAGCAAAUGUAACAAUGAAACCCAAUCAAUUAGAUUAGAAUAUGUAAAAGAAAUGAUGAGAUAUAUAAGAAUUGAUAGCUAUGGGGAGUGUUUGAAGAAUAUACCCAAAGAUCCUAGAGCAAUUAGAUUCACCCAGAAUGCAUUUGAAGUUAAACAAGAAAUUAUCUCAAAUUAUAAAUUUUAUAUUGCAUUCGAAAACAACAAUUGCUUAGAUUAUAUUACAGAGAAAGCACUUCAUGCACUUAACAGUGGGUCAGUACCAGUCAUUAUGGGUCAUCCCCAAAUAUUAAAAUAUUUACCAGGUGGUUCAUACAUCUUUUCCGGUGAUUUCAGAAAUGCAAAGGAAUUAGUCUACUAUUUAAAAGAAUUAGAUAAAAACAAUGAAAAAUACCUAAAGUAUUUCGAAUGGAGAAAUAAUAAAACAGAAAUUGAAAACUAUAAAAAAUCACAUGGUUACCCCCAAAGACCCAAUGCUAGAAAUUGGAUGUGUCCAUUAUUAUUACAUUAUCAACGUUGGCAAAGAGGAUUAAUACCAAACAAAACUUUAAAAUUGAUUAAUAUUGAUGAAAUUUGUUUACCAAGAGAUUUCAUUAAAAUA